AUGGCCAUCGCCACCCUCGCCGCUCCUCCUUCCUUCCUCUCCUUACUGCCGGCGCCAGCACAGGCGCGGACGGCGAGGAGGAGGACAACGAGACCCUUCCUCCGCCCCGCGUGCGCCUACGCUCUGCAAGAGGGCCAGUUCCGCCGCUUCCACCCUGCCGUGCGGCCUCGACCUCGAGAACUUCUGCAUCCAAAGCUUGCUGGUGCUGUCCUUGUAUGUUUUGUGCCUCCCUCAGGAAACAGUGGGUUGGUAUGGCGUUACCUUUUGACUAAACCAAUAGCUGCAGUCAAGGUGACACUCAGCUUGGCUGCAAAAGCAUAUGCAAAUUCAUUGUCGCUCUGUAAGGAAACAUUUUUCUCAGCACAAAUGGAUGAUGAACUUGUGUUAAGGUACCAAGCAUUAAUGAAGGAGAGCUCAAAAUUGCCACUGUUUGACUUAGGGAAGCUAAAUGCAUCAUUGACUGUACCUUCUGUACCAAAAAGUACAACAGAAAUUCUUGUCAUGGGUGCAAGAAAUGAUUUCAUUGUUGUGAGUGAACCUCCCCUCAGCUCUCUCCCUCCGUAG